GUUAUAUCUCCCAUGCUCUUUCUGACUCUAGUUGCACAAGAGGAUAUAAUUUAAUGGGAUAAUUAUUCCUCAUUACUCAUUCUGCAUAUUCCUUCUCUCUGCUCUCUCUCUACCUUCUGACUGUAUUAUAUAUAAUCUUACACUUCUCUGACUGUAUUAUAUAUAAUCUUACACUUCUCUAACUGUAAACGCCUUCAUAACUUACUCUACUCUCCUCUCCUGCUGCAUUUAUAUUCAACUUACACAAUUCAUUCUUCAAAAUGUCUUCAGAUGAAACAACGGUCAAUCACGUUGAAUUACCAAUGCACGAUACCACGCUUUCGACUGGCCAAAAUGUUCCGGAUGCUUCAAACCCAUUGAACCGUGCUGAUGAAGUAGAAGAUGUGAGAAAAGCCCAUGCAUUCAUUGAUUCAUUGAUUCGUUGAUUCAUUGAUUCAUUGAUUCAUUCAUUCACUCAUUCACUCAUUCAUUGGCCUCUCAUUGCUAUCCAUUGCCCUUCAAUCAUCACCCUUCAAUCUUAUAUAGACAUGUAUAUUAUAUACACCUAUAUAUAUAUUAUGUCUCAAUAUCAACCCUCAGCUAGCCAUGAAGCCAUGUCAUCCCAAUCCAAUCAAAAUACCCACAAAUAAUCAUCACAGAUCACAGUACACAUCAUCUAACAUAUCACUCUCACCUAGUUACUCAAAGCGGUCCAAUCUCUCAUCAUUCCCUUCAUCAGAUCAGCCGAUGAAGAUGCCAAUGCCAAACACACCGGUCACGGAAAAUCCAUUCCAGGUGGAGGUCCCCGAACCACCCUUCUCGAACAUCACAAACCCGAGAAAUUACUUCAACUUCUAGAUUUCAACCUUCCCGCCAAUGGAAAGGGGAAAGAUGGUUUAUUGAUAACCGUUGAGCAAGUGCUUAAAUAUAGUGUCAAUACGUGGGAUCAAGGAUUCCUAGAUAAACUCUAUUCGAGUACAAAUGCGGUAUGUACGAACGCAUCCACAAAUUUGAAGCGGUGAAAAAUGCACUGUACAAUCAGCUGAAAUUUCGAUAUAGGUAGGAAUUAUCUCCGAAUUGAUAUUGGCCGUUUUGAAUACAAAUGUAAGUUUAAUCCCUGAAAGUAACCAUGCAAACUUCCCGUCAGCCCUAUACUAAAAUCCUGAACAGCUUCACGUCUACCAAGUAUCCCCAGCUUUGACUGUCAUUGAGAAAACUACCGCAAAAGCUUUUGCCAACCUUUUCGGUUUCAAUGGACCUUAUGCAGGAGGAAUUUCAACUCAAGGAGGCUCAGCCUCAAAUGCAACCUCUCUGAUAAUUGCUCGAAACACUCUCUUUCCCGAAACAAAACAAGAAGGAAAUGGCGCUCAUCAAUUCGUUCUCUUCACUUCAGCUCACGGUCAUUAUUCGAUCGAAAAAGCAGCUCAAAUGUGUGGUCUCGGAUCCAAUAACGUGAUUCUCGUCCCAGUCGACGGUGAAGGCCGAAUGAUACCCUCCGAACUCGACAGCCUCAUCAAAAAGAGCAUCUCGGAGAACAAAACCCCCUUUUACGUAAAUGCCACAGCUGGAACCACCAUCUACGGUUCCUACGACCCGUUCACCGAGAUAUCAAAAGUUUGUAAAUCCCACAAUCUAUGGCUCCACAUCGAUGCCUCAUGGGGUGGUCCCGCAAUCUUUUCCCCUACCCACAAAUCCAAACUAGAAGGAUCUCACCUCGCCGACUCUCUCGCCGUUAAUCCACAUAAAAUGAUGAAUGUCCCCCUAACCUGUUCCUUCCUCCUCGGACCCGAUCUAUCCAAAUUCCACAAAGCAAACACCUUGCCCGCAGACUACCUCUUCCACACCAUCGAAGCCGGAUCAGAAGUAUGGGAUCUCGCAGACCUCACCCUUCAAUGUGGUCGUCGCGGUGAUUCUCUCAAAUUAGCUCUAUCAUGGAUAUACUACGGAACCAGUGGUUUCCAAUCCCAAAUCGACCAAGCCUUUUCCACCGCUGCAUAUUUCUCUCAACUUGUCUCGGAGAAUAAAGAUUUAGUUCUCGUAUCAUCAAAUCCACCCCCAUGUUUACAAAUCUGUUUUUACUAUGCCAAAGAUAAGAAAUUGGGAAAUAAAGAAGAAAAUACAAGAGUAACUCAGGAAGUAGCGGAUAAAUUGUUGACGAGAGGUUUCAUGGUAGAUUAUGCUAGUGGUGAGCACGGAAAGUUUUUUAGAGCUGUGGUUAAUGUACAGACGAGAAGAGAGACGAUGGAUGGAUUGAUGAAGGCUAUUGUGGAGAUUGGGGAGGGAAUAGAUGUUUAGAGAUGGAUGGGAAGGAAGUAGGAAGGUUUAUGGAUAUGGAUAUGGGUGAAUGCACCUAUUAGGUUCCAUUUACUCUAUAGAUAGUACUCAAGUUCAAAAUGACGCUCGCUCAGCUUCUGUUAGGAUAUAAAA